CGGCCGGGGCGGGGCGGGGCCGGCAGAGAGGCCUGGGCGGCCAGAGGAAGUGAAGGAGGGUGCUGAGAGGGGCCAGAGGCCCAGCCGCAUCAAAAGUAGGAAAAAUAAAGAGGAAUGGCUGUGGAAGAACUUCAAUCCAUAAUAAAGAGAUGUCAAAUCCUAGAAGAACAAGACUUUAAAGAAGAAGAUUUUGGUCUAUUUCAGUUAGCAGGCCAAAGAUGCAUAGAUGAAGGGCAUAUAGAGCAGCUAUUAGAAAUUAUUCAAAAUGAAAAGAAUAAGGUCAUCAUCAAUAAUAUGGGCUGGAAUCUUGUUGGUCCUGUUGUUCGAUGUCUUUUGUGGAAUAAGGAAGAUGAGAAAAGAAAACAUUAUUUUCUGAUGCUUGAUUUAUUGGUAAAGUUAUGUAAUCCAAAGGAAUUAUUGUUGGGUUUGCUUGAACUGAUUGAAGAGCCCUCUGGAAAACAGAUAUCUCAGAUAAUUCUUCUUUUACUUCAGCCAUUACAAACAGUGAUUCAGAAACUUCGUAACAACAAGGCAUAUUCAGUUGGAUUAGCGCUGUCCACUCUUUGGAGUCAGCUAUCUCUCCUUCCUGUUCCAUAUUCAAAAGAACAAAUACAAACAGAUGACUAUGGCCUUUGUCAGUGUUGCAAGGCCUUAAUAGAAUUCACUAAGCCUUUUGUGGAAGAAGUCAUUAAUGACAAAGAAAACUCAGUGGAAAGUGAAAAUGAAAAGUUAAAGGAUGAAUUACUGAAAUUUUGUUUCAAAAGCUUGAAAUGCCCUUUGCUGACAGCACAAUUCUUUGAGCAAUCUAAAGAAGCUGGAAAUGAUCCUUUAAGAUGUUUUGCAUCUGAAAUAAUAGGUUUCUUAUCAGCAAUUGGACAUCCUUUCCCCAAAAUGAUUUUUAAUCAUGGAAGGAAAAAGAAGACAUGGGAUUAUCUUGAAUUUGAGGAAGAAGAAGACAAACAGUUAGCAGACUCUAUGGCUUCUCUGGCCUAUCUAGUAUUUGUACAGGGCAUCAGUAUCGAUCAGCUUCCAAUGGUCUUAAGCCCAUCGUACCUAUUGCAAUUUAAUAUGGGGCACAUUGAAGUCUUUUUGCAAAGAACAGAAGAGUCUGUUUUCUCCAAAGGAGUGGAUCUGUUGGAGAAUGGUUUAUUGAGAAUAGAGGACAACAGUUUACUUCACCAGUACUUAGAAAUCAAGAGCUUUCUUACUGUACCUCAGGGCCUAGUCAAAGUAAUGACGCUUUGCCCCAUUGAGACAUUGAGGAAAAAGAGUUUAGCUAUGCUUCAGCUGUAUAUUAACAAGUUGGAUUCACAAGGCAAAUAUACGUUAUUUAGGUGCUUAUUGAAUACAAGUAAUCAUUCAGGUGUGGAGGCUUUCAUUAUUCAAAAUAUCAAAAAUCAAAUUGAUGUGUCACUAAAGAAAACACAUGACAACAAAUGGUUUACAGGACCACAGCUGAUUUCACUUCUAGAUUUGGUACUCUUUCUCCCAGAGGGUGCUGAAACAGAUUUACUUCAAAAUUCAGAUAGGAUAAUGGCUUCAUUAAAUUUAUUGAGAUAUUUGGUUAUCAAAGAUAAUGAAAAAGACAAUCAAACUGGAUUAUGGACAGAACUUGGAAAGAUUGAGAAUAAUUUCUUAAAGCCACUCCAUACAGGACUUAAUAUGUCAAAAGCACAUUAUGAAGCAGAAAUUAAAAAUAGCCAAGAAAAUAGCCAAGAUGUCCAGAAAUCUAAAGAUCUUUGUUCUGUAACUGUAGGUGGAGAAGAGAUCCCUAAUAUGCCACCUGAAAUGCAGCUUAAGGUUCUACAUUCAGCUCUUUUCACAUUUGAUUUGAUUGAAAGUGUUCUGGCUCGAGUAGAAGAACUCAUUGAAAUAAAAACAAAGUCUACCCCUGAAGAAAAUAUUGGGAUAAAAUGAACCUCCAUUUCCCAAAAUAAAAACAAGUAAAAUACUGUAUUUUCCAUUAUGAUUAUUUAAUAUCUUUAUAAAAACUUUUCUGUAAAAUACUAGAAAAAUAAAUGUAACCUUUCUCAGUUAUUGGUUUCUGUGAUGACACAUUAUGGAUCAGUAGUAUUCUUUGGUUUUAAAAAGAUAAUCUAUCUAGAUGGUAAUGAUGCCCAUAUAUGUAUUCUAAAUCCUACUACUGAAAAUCCAAUACAAACUAAUAAUUUUAUGUUAUAAUUUCAUAAAAUGUAGUUGAAUUGCCUUUAUGCAUUCAUACAGUUGUAGUGAGUUUAUAAAUACAUUGAUACACUUUAUGUUCCAGUUAGAUGCUAUGACACAUUUUAGAACUCCUAGUGUUGGGGCACCUGGGUGGCUCAGUCGGUUAAGUGUCCGACUUCGGCUCAGGUCAUGAUCUCACAGCUUGUGAGUUGAAGGCCUGCGUUGGGCUCUGUGCUGACAGCUCAGAGCCUGGAGCUUGCUUUGGAUUCUGUGUCUCCCUAUCUCUGCCCUUUCCCCAGCUCACACUCUGUCUCUCUCUCUCAAAAAUAAAUAAACAUAAAAAAAAAAAAAUAGAACUCCUAGUGUCAAAUAAGAUAUCACACCACUCUAAAAGUGUACACAGAAGUUUUCAGUUGGGCCAGUUGGCUGCUUCUCUUAAUUUCCCUUCCUUUCCUUGCCUCAGGAGGAGUCUUAGGGGGCAGAGUUCCAUCACCACCUCUCUAGCAGCAGUUACAACAUGAAAGCAUCUGCAAAGAUUAAUUUUAGAAAAUACUGGCAGCCUUUGUGGAAAAGCUAAAAAGUGUAUGUGACUUUCCUUUAGUAUAAGGGGCUAGUUAAAAAAUGCUUUGUUUUUAUUUUGUAGUAAAUACUUAUCCAUCCAACUUAAUUUGUAUCAUUAAAAAACUGCAUCUGACUUUUUAAAUAUAUGUAUGUACCAAUGUUUUCUAAACAUUAUUAAAGGAAUUACUCAACAAAA